GCUGAUUGCGAAUCCAGCCACACUGCCACGACGAAGGAGCGGCUCGAUUCCAGGUUAUGGUCGAAGCGACUGUCCUUGUCUGAUGUCCUUGUCUGAUAUCGAAAGCACUGCCAUGUCCUGAGCCGCUGCGCGUCCUAGACACAGCAUCCCAUCCAGGGCGGCGAUGCCGAACGCGCUGAAUAGAACAUUUGCAAGAUGACGGCUCAGCUGCUCGCCACAGAGCUUGCCAAUCUCAUCCAGGAGAGCAAACGAAAGCACAACGACCUUCGACAGGCUGCCGAGAAGUCCCUCGAGGAGCUCAAGAGCUUGAACAUCUCGUCCGAAGCCCAGCUCGGCCCAGAGCUGACGCAACGAAACAAUUUUGUCAACCCGUUCAUCAUUGCCUGCGGGACCAAGAAUGCCAAGUUCACGGGAAUCGCCAUCGUUUGCCUACAGAGGCUCAUCGUCUCCAAAGCCCUCCCCAGGCCGCGGUUGAGCCAGGUGCUCGAAGCCCUGCAGGGCGCUACCUCGGCCGGUCUUGAUGUUCAGCUGAAGAUCCUGCAGGCACUACCGUCACUACUGCAGAACUAUUCUACGGAUGUCAAGGGAGAUCUCCUUGUGACUGCUUUGAAUGUCUGCUUCAUCCUGCAGUCGAGCAAGAAUGCCAUAGUCAACAAUACCUCUGCUGCCACACUGCAACAGCUUGUCGUAUCUGUCUUUGACAAAGUCGUGACCGAAGACAAGAAUGGAUCGGAUUCCACCAUCGUUGGAGAGGCGCCCUCUGAGCAUGGCACUGUGCCCCUCAAGUCGGCCGCCAUGGACGCAUUCAGGAUCUUCAACGACCUGUGCCUCCUGACCGAAUCCCAGCGCCCCGAGUUUCUACGCUUCUCAGGGCUUCCCCAGACGUUUGGCCUAGAGCUGAUAGAGUCGGUUCUGACCAACCACGCCGCCAUCUUCUCCAGUCACCCCGAACAGACACACAUUCUUCGGACGAGGGUAAUGCCUUUUAUCAUCAAGUCUCUGUCCGGGAAGCUUAACUUUGCUACCACUGUCCGGCUUUUGCGAAUCCUUUACACGUUGCUGCGGAGGCACCUGUCGCUUCUAAGAGACGAGAGCGGCGACGCACUAGAAAUUUUGACCCGUCUUUUGGAUCAGGAGACCUUUUUGUGGAAAAGGGCAUUAUGCAUGGAAGUCUUCAGGGGCAUGUUUGCCGACGCUGGCCUCCUUCGUCGGCUGUUUGCCCUGUUCGAUGCCCAAGAAGAUGACAAGAAGAUCCUGAAGAAUCUCACAGCCACUUUUGUCCGCGUCAGUACCGAGAAACCUGCCAUCAUCGGGCUAGGCCAGCAGUCUACUGUGCCGGUCGCCAAUCCGUACUCCAGCAUCACGGCCUCUACAGACCAUGCAAUGCUCGAAGCGACCGGUGUCGGGGGCAUCAUCAGCGGCUCGGUAUCUGAGGGCCAUAAUACAGGCAUCAGCAACCAGUGGAGCAUCGUCAGGGUCCCCUGUAUUGACCAACUCGACAAGACAGAGCCGCCUUCGAUACCCGAAUCGUACAUAUACAGCCUAACGCUGGCUUGCAUCAUGUCACUUUCCGAAGGCCUAGCAAAGUUCAUCUUGCCCCUCACUGUUGCAAGCAAGAAAAGGGGCCCGAGGCAUGGCAGCCUUAGCGGCAGCAACAGCGGGAGAAACUCCCCCGCCCCAUCUAUCGAGGAUUCGUCUCAGGCAAGGGGCGGCGUCGAGCGAACUGCCUCCUUCAAACGGAAUCCCGUUCCAGUAAACCCUCUCCUCCUCGAAGACCAUCCUCUUCAUGCAGAUAUAAGGAUCUGCGCAGGGAUUGUGCAGCAGUGCUGGCCCGCGGUUUUGGCCACUUGCUCUGCGUUCCUCUAUGCGUCGCUGGACUCAGAGUACUACCACGGCCUUGUGCGAGCAUUCCAAAAGUUCACCCAUGUUGCCGGCCUUCUCCAACUCGCAACGCCACGGGAUGCCUUCCUCACAACCCUUGGAAAGGCCGCUGUGCCGUCUAAUGUCUUGACGGCCUGCAUGAAUGGCGGAAGCGCUCGGCCCACCACGCCAAAUUCUGCGACCAGCGCGCCCGACCCACCCAACAGUAUUCUGAGCAAUGCACGAGGCAUGCUGAGUGUGGACAGUCUAGUCAGUCAGGUAUCUGCCGAGAGGCCCAGGCAAAGCUCUGUGAUCGAUGCUGGCCCUUCGACGCUGAACACCAGAAACAUGUUGUGCCUCCGAGCCUUGCUGAACCUGGGCAUCGCUCUUGGCCCCACGCUAGAAUCAUCUUGGCGAAUCCUGCUCGAGACCCUUCAACAAGCAGACUUCGUCUUGUUUGCAUCUGGCAAGUCGGCGGGUCGGGUCAUGACUGCAACAAGGAACACGGAUCAGCAAGCCGAGGCCGAGGCCGCGGCACUGCUGCAGAAUUUCAGCGGCGAGGUAAAGGCGGUGGAGACGGCGGCAUCAAGGCUGUUCGAAAGCACUGUAGACUUUCCAAACAACUCGUUCGUGGAGGUGGUGAAAGCUGUCUGCAAUCUGCUUGAGAAAGAAGCUGAACCUCAUUCGCCCGAAGACACAAGGCCCCAUACUCCCGGUUCGGGAGGUGGGCUGGCUCUGAAGACAAGCCGUGGGCACAGACGAGCGAUGAGCUUGUCUGUGACCCCAAUGGCGGCAGCGAACCAGGAGGAUCAGUUUGCUUUGGCCAAGCUCGGUGAUCUCGCAUCCAUCAAUCUCGAGCGUCUCUUAGAAUACCCCCCUGAUGUGUCCGGCUGGACUCCGUUGGUGUCGGAGCUAGUCAGCACCCUGAGCUCCGCGACAGCGAACGCCCCUGUCCGCAUCAGGGCCGCCGAGAUCUUGGUACGCAUCAUCUUCGACUCGGCCUCCGCCGUCGCGGGAUCUCCUGAGGAGAUUCGGGGAGAGCUGCAGCUACGGCUGCUCGAAGCACUCAGGGAUGCUCUACUGCCAUUGCAGAUGUCCCAUCGCGAGACGACAGUCGCAACCCACGCUACCGACAUCGACAUACACAAGGUUAUUCUCGAUGGCCUAAAGAGCAUCAUUGAAAACUGCGGUGAGAGCCUGUUGAGCGGCUGGGACAUCACGUUCGAGAUAAUCGACAGCAUCUUUCUUCCGCGGCGACUCGCCUCCGAGAACGAAGAGAACGACGACGGGCAUCCCGAGAUUCUCGGCACGAGAUCAGUCAAGUUAAUCAAGCCUUCUUUCAGCUCGCUCCAGCUUAUUUGCUCUGACUUUCUGGACUCGCUUCCCAACUCGUGCUUCCUGCACCUUGUCGACACGCUGUAUAAGUUCUCAUCACAGGACGAUGAUUUGAACGUUGCUUUGACGACCGUGACCUUCUUCUGGGCCAUCUCGGAUUUCUUGUCUGGCAAGAGUAAAUCGAUCUCGGUUACGGAAGACAUGGCCCAGGACUCGAGUGAUGCGGCACUAGUUGAGCUUGCGUCCAACCCAGACCACUCCGCUUCGGGAGCGGCGCUUUGGAUGCUGUUGCUACUGAGGUUGACGAACGUCACGACUGACCAGAGGCUAGAGCUGCGAAAUAGCGCUAUCCAGACCUUGCUGAGGAUCAUACACGCCUACGGCAGCAGCUUGAAGCCCGAGGCAUGGUCAAUAUGCAUCAGAUCCGUGAUAUUCAGGCUUCUAUCCUUUAUUGAGGCCCGGCUGAGGGGCACCCGCGGGGCUGAAGGGCAAUCCACCAAGAACGACUGGCACGAGACUGCUGUUGUCAUCAUCAAUGGGGUCUCGGACCUCCUUUCCAACUAUCUCGACGUCCUAAUUGGACACAGCAGAUUCGGUGCUCUGUGGAGCGAGCUGCUGGAGCACUUCGCGACCAUGCUCGACUUCAAGAUCCUCGACAUGAGUAGCGCCACGUUUAGCAGUCUGGGCAGCAUCCUGUCAAAAUGUGACGACAAACCUCGCAAGAAUUUCGACAAGGCGGCCGUUGACAUGGCCUGGGAGCUAUGGGCGCGAGGCCUCCCAAUCCCAGAUUUGACACCGGGGAUCAAGGGGGAAGACAACCAGAAGUGCCUGUUGUCGUGGGUGGAGGCUUUCCUGCAGCUCUACCGCCUCAUCCACAAGGAUCUUGAAGUUGGGAGAGUGCAGCGUCUGCUUAGCCUUGUCCGCGAAGCUAUGAUAAAGGCGACACCCGGGUCGUACGCAAGCGACAUUGAAUAUGUCACGCCACUACAGGGGAAAAUGCUGGAGGUCCUUCGAGUGGUGCGGACUGAUAUCGCCGGCGCCCCUUCCGCGAUGAUCAGUCAAAUCGCCGAGUUUGUCACGUUUGCCUUUGACGAGGCGCGUAUCAUCAACACGCCAACUCAGAAACGCACAUACGUGGCCAUGUCGAAAGAGAGCAUGGGGAUUCUGCACUACCAUGUAACGGAAAAUGCGUCAGACGCCGACGUCUUUUCGAGCGGCGCUUUCCAUGCUGCCUUGUCAGCUCUGGCGAGGCCUAUUACGCUCAAGUACCGCUUCCCCAUAACGACCAAGUCUGUGCAGCCCUGGCGCGAGGCCACAUCAGCAAGCAUUGCUAUACUCGAAGCAACACUGCCGCAUUUGAAAGCGGCCGAAGUUCCCCGCGCGGCCUUUCAAGGGGCAUGGCAGGUGAUCGUCGAGAUAGCGAUUGGCAUCAUCAGCGCUGAUACGACUGAGGCGCCACAGGGAGCUGACGUCUCGGAUGACCAGGACUUCGACGUUGGAUCGUUCAGGGAGCUGAGGGAACUCAUCAUCCCGUCACUGGGGGCACAAGAUGUGCUAGAGAAGACUCGCAAGGCGUACGCCGAAGGCCUCUUUCAAACCUCUAUCGUCCAUGAGCCCACGCCUGCCGAGGGAGAGAUCGUGUUCGGGAGGAGCGGUGGCGACAUUGUCCAGAAGGGGUUGAGCAGCUUCUUUGAGCCGCGGAAUGGGCGCACCAUCGACCCGCCCCCGACGAGGAGGGAGGAUGUGGCCUAUGUGUGCCUUGAAGAGCUUUUUGCGCUCGUUUCUGCCCACGACGAGGAUACGGCAACGCCAACCAUUGUGGUUCUGCCGCCAACGCCUCGCCUCCCAAAGAAGCAGCAAGGAGGCGGCGAUCCAUAUGACCAGGCGUUACGGAAAUCCACAAAUGCCAAGGCUGGAGGCGAUGCCAGCUCUGGUUCCAGCCUCAGCCCCAACGGCUCAGCAUCAGCAGAGGAAAUGCCGGCCAGGCCCUCGGCCUCGGCAUCCUCCAAGGAGCGACAUGAGCAGCACGUGCAGCUCGCGCGGACGGCGGCUCCUUACCUGAUCCUACGUUGCGCGCUCCCGCUGCGAGGGUAUGCGGCGGACCAGCCGCUGCGAGGCCGGGCGAUGCCCCAGCCGCUGUCGCAGUCGCUGGAGCUCUCGCGGGUCCUGCGCGGACUCGUGGAGCUACGGUCAGAGCCCGCGGCGAUCCCGGACCUGGACAGCUGUGACAGCGAGGGACGCAAGCACCUGCUACGCCUAUACCCGCUCCUCACUCGCGUCGUGCAGGCGGCCGGCGGGUGCGGCGACAGGGCGCUGCUGGGGCUGGUGGGGGAGGCGCUAGUGGUGGUUGGCGGCGAGCUAGGGGUUUAGUUGUGUGACAGCGCGCUGAAAGGCAUGUUUCUUCCUUCUUCUUUUCGUCGUUCUCGCUCUCUUUUCCCUUGUUUGCUUUUUUUUCCCACUUUUGCAUCAGUUCAUGAUAGGCAUAAUAGGUUUAGCGGAAGAGAUUUGUUGCAAGC